CCCUUUGGUCAAGUACCUCGGCAAGAUAAUGGUCAUGACUGUGGUGUUUUUGUCAUGAAGUUUAUGGAGUGGAUUGUGGAUGGGGAAUCACCCCCGAAGUCCUAUAAAGUUGAGGAUGCUGCUAGACUCGACAUUGCAAUCGAUAUCUUGACCUGUGAGUCCAAUAGGCUUCGAAUGGGAGUGAAAGAUAACGCAGCGACUUAUUAUAAAGCUUGUUUAAGUAGCAUUGAGAAAUCCCCUGACUUAAAAGAAUGGUCUUGUUAUCGUCCAAAAGCUUCGCCUGUACCUCCCAUGCUAUCAAUUAAAAAGGCUAAAGACAAACACUGGUCCAAGUUGGGUAAGAGAAAGAGGAAGAACUGAUUGAACUUAACCACCAUCCG